AUGGAUUGCUUAUUCUGUUGGUCACUCUCGAAACCUUUGUAUCUCCUCCUCUUCUUUUGUUCCUUUUCUUGUAUUGCAAACGCCGCUUUCAAUCUCUCCACCAUCUCCUUUGAUGAAGGUUACAGCCCUCUCUUCGGAGAUGGCAAUCUUGUUCGUUCUCCUAAUGGUAGAAGCGCCCGCCUCCUCCUUGAUCGCUUCACAGGUGCGGGUUUUAUUUCAUCCAAGAUGUAUAAAUAUGGAUUCUUUAGUGCCAACGUCAAGUUACCAGGCGAUUACACCGCCGGUCUCUGCGUUGCCUUCUAUACAUCAAACGGGGACGUGUUCGAGAAGAACCAUGAUGAAUUGGACUUUGAAUUCCUAGGAAACACUGAAGGGAAGCCAUGGAGGUUCCAAACAAACUUGUAUGGUAAUGGAAGCACGCAUCGUGGUAGAGAAGAAAGAUAUCGAUUAUGGUUUGACCCCUCGAAAGAGUUCCAUAGGUAUAGCAUUCUAUGGACGGCAAAGAAAAUCAUAUUCUACAUCGAUGAUGUUCCCAUCCGAGAGGUGAUUCGCAAUAAAGAAAUGGGCGGCGAGUACCCGUCAAAACCAAUGUCCUUAUAUGCUACAAUAUGGGAUGCGUCAAGUUGGGCAACUUCCGGUGGCAAAUACAAGGUCAAUUAUAAGUAUGCACCAUUUGUGUCCGAAUUUAAAGACUUUGUCUUAGAGGGAUGCCCUUCUGACCCCAUCGAGGAAUUUCCUUCAUUUGAUUGCCAUGAGAGUGAUGCUAGGCUCGAGACUGCCGAUUAUGCCGCCAUUACACGGAGGCAACGUUCUUCUAUGCGUAGAUUUCGCCAACGUUACAUGUACUAUUCUUAUUGCUAUGAUUCAUUGAGGUAUCCUGUGCCACCUCCAGAAUGUGUUGUGAUUCCAGCAGAGAAGGACAGGUUCAGGGACACUGGUAGAUUGAAAUUCGGUGGCAGCCAUCAAGGCCGCAAACGCCGCUCAAGGCGGCGAGGUCGAAUUCAAGUUUCUAGUACAGAAUAUGAUCCGGAUGUGUGA